AUGCGUGGUCUUCGAUGCCUCAUUUUUCAUGAUGAUAAUGCAAGACCACAUCGGGCUUGGGUUACCAACGAAUUUUUCACUGAAAAUAAUGUGAAACCAUAUCCAAAUCCUCCAAAUCUAAGCAUCUGCAACUUCUUCUUAUUUCCAAAACUGAAAAAUCAACUACGUGGAAUUCAGUUCGACGACGGCAACAUGAUGUUAACUGCUUUAGAACAAGCCAUCGAUGGUAUUACAAAAGAAGACGUCAAAAACUGUUUCGAAGACUGGUUUAUUCGAAUGCAAAAAUGCAUUGAUGCUGAAGGACAGUACUUUGAAAAACUACAUUAG